AUGGAGAUUAAAAGACAAUCUGAAGAUAUCUUAGAUAAUCCGUUAAAGAGACAAAAAUUACAUGAAUUACAUUCCAUCAUCGCCAAGACAUCACAAGAUGAAAUAAAACUUUCCAAUGGCAAUGGAAUCAACAUCAGAAAUGUUCCACAAUUGAAUAAUGCCCCUAGAGGGUUUUUACCAAUUUUACAACCACCUUAUCACCCCAAUGACUUUUUCACAGAUUUGAAUUAUAAUGUAGAAAAGUUGAAUGAAAAAGUUAGUAGGAUUUCUAACAUUUUACCUCCACCUAUUGCACCACCCAAUCCCGAUGAUGAAGAAGGGAUUAUGAUACCUUUCAUUUUUCCUGCACCACCAGUCAUUAAACCUGAUCCAUUGAUCAAAUCCAAGGAUGAAGAGGAACACGAUGAAGAUGACGAAGAUGAGAAUGAAAGACCUGUUGAUUUUGGCAAGAUGGUAAAUUUGGCACCUUUACCAUUCCCUCCUAGCAAUUAUAUGCCAUAUCCUAUUAAUGCUCAACAAGCUAGUUUGACACCUUAUGACUUUUUCACCGAUCUUCUUGAUGCAUCCCAAGCGUUACCUAAACAAGAUAUGGUAGUAGCUAGUGCAGCAGGUACUUUGGUGGAUCUUAAAUAUCAAUCCAUUGAAGAGAAAUUUUCAAUCAAUGAUAAUGAUGAUAAAAAUAAUGAACUUCAGCACCAAAAAUACUACGAACAUAUACGUCUCGAUGAACGAUUUGAUAAAUACAACCAUCAACCAUUGAAUGAUUUAGGAACCUUACCCAACAGUUUCCAAAUCAAGCCGUUAUUGAGUAAUGAAUUUAAUAAAUCUCCAGAUUACAAACUUGAUAAAUAUUUCAAAGAUGAUGAAUUUGAAAUAUCCGAUAUUCACGUACCCAAAUUAUCAAACAUAUCCACAAAGAUAAAUAACCGAGAUUUCAAUAAUGGUAGUUUGAAAUUCAAAACAGAUGUUAUUAAAUCUUCAUUGAACAACAUUGAUCAAUUCACCAGAAGGGAAAGACAAGAGAUAUAUAAGUAUAAAAAGAGUCAAAUAUUAUCAAGAUUACAAGAUCUUAAGGAAUCUAAGAUAUCCUUGAUUGAGAAUGAUAUCAAAGAUGAACAGUUGAAAGAAAUUCAACAGAACCUUGAAAUGGAAAAAGAUAUUGAAUUGAUCAAACUUCGAGUUUUCAAUAACUACGAAUUAUUGAAAUUAUCUUCUAACUUUUAUCACGAUACCAACAAGACUUAUAAGAAGUAUAAUGGGCAGAUGGUUAACAAAUUAAUGAAGCUCAAGAAUUUCUUGGAAUUCCAAAAGAACAGUUUUGAUAGAUAUUUGAAUUCCGAUAAACUAUUCAAUGAUUUAACCGAUUUAAAUGGGAAGGAAUUCAAUAAAAUCAUCACUGACAGUUCAAGAGAUUAUAAUAAAGAUUUACGUAGUUUCUAUAAGAAACUUGUUAAUGACGAGGAUACAGAAGAAGAUUUAGAAGAUUUAAAAAUCAAUAAGAUAACUGAUGAUAAUGACAAAAAGGUUGACGAUUUAACUGACUUCCUGACAAUUUCAAACAUGCAAGAGUUCAAUAUGGUAACAGGAACUAUCAAUCAAUUCAAGAAAGAAAAUAAGUUCAAUAACAUGAAACAUCAAAUAUUUAAGAAUAAAUUAUAUGAAACCAGUGGAUCAGAUUCGAAUUCAAGUGGGAUAUCAGUUGAUAACGAACUUAAAAGAAGAGGUAGAAGAAAUGAAAUUGACGAACAAAGUUUACAUUCAGAAAGUUAUCUUUUGGCAAAGAUCAUGAAACAUUUCAAAGGUCCUGAAAGUGUUAAUAAUGAAGAAUUAGGAGAUGAUUUUGAAUCAAUGGGAAUCCAAUCUAGUUGGAAUUAA